GCUGAUAGCAAUUAUUUUUGACAGAUGUGUGUCGUGUCGUGUGGCGUCCCGUCUAUUUAUCUUUAGAAAUUUAUUAUUAUUUACAUAUUUUUUACUCGAUCCUCUAUUUAGAAAUGUAUUAGAGUAUAAGUUUAGCUUAGUUUAGCGAUACUUAGUGUUUAUCAGUAGUUUUAGCGUGUAAUUCAAGACAUCUUUGUUUGGAAACAUGGAUCGUAACAAUAUGAGAUCAAGUUAUGUGAACAGCGGUCCGCGCUCUUUACCACACAUGAGCGGCAAGCGGCAUAACGGCAACGGUCACAACGGCAACCACAGCAACCACGGGAACCACGGUGGCAAUCAUGGCGGCAACCACGGCGGAAACCACAGCGGGCACAAUGGCGCCAGACUGAGUCCGCCGGCACAGGGAGCGCCCAACAACCAACACCAACACAAUAAUAACAACAACAAUAACAACACCCAGAACGGACAGCACGACGACAUCAUCAAUUAUAUUUAUGACUCCUGGAAUAAGGUGACACGCGAGCUGGAGCGCGGCAGCGACGACGCGAAGUACUACCAGGAAGUGGUCGCGCCGCGCCACCUCGCCAACUUCAGACCGUUCAACCUGGACGAGUGGUGGGGCCGCCGCCUCAUCCAAACCAUAAACCGCAACAAGCACCGCUCUUAGAACUCUCACUGCGUCUCAAUAUAUUCUGGUCGCUUGCAAACUACUCACUGAAGGUACGGCUUCACACAACGUUUAUAAACAAAUUAUUAUUAGACAUUGUUAUAUCUGAUUACUAGCAUGAUAGUCACGUUUGUAGCUCAAAUAAUAUAAGACAAUAGAACAUGUUUCAAUGAUUUACUAUACUAGCUGUAAUACAACGGUAUAAAUUGUUUUGUCACGAAAUAAAUUUUAACACAAAUUUUAGUCUUUACAAGUUAUUAAUUUACACGUAUAUUAAUCUGUAUAGUAUAGGUAUUUACAUUUUAAACAAACAAUGAAAUAUUCAAAUGAAGGCUAUUUACAUGUAGCGUUGGUAUAAUUUCGCUUGUACUCGAAUAGAGCAUUUACGUGGCCGAUUUUGAUGUUUACGAUAGCUGGUAGUACAUGGCGGCGCUUCGACGUUUCGUGGUUAUCUCAGACUGCUAAAGUAGUGCCAAAGAUUUGUCAGCGAGGCUAUAAAAAGUGGAGGCAAAUGUAUGCAUUUGUCCCACGCACUCGUUCAUCUUAGAAACAGCCCUAAUAGUGGUAUAUGUCCUUAUCGAUAUGUUGAUUAAUAAAAUUACAUUAUGCUUUGUGUAAAAUAGAUAAAAAAUAUACAUCUUAUACUUGGAUAUCGGAAAUGCUUGUAUUGUGGCCUUAGUGCUCGACCUUAGUCCAGGUUACUUGAAUUACUGAUACUUUAUAGUGCACCUUUAAGCCCAGGCUUUAUAGCCCCGCUGGCUUUUAAGGCACUACAAAUAAUAUUAUAGAGGAAAACAAUAAUACUGAAGACUAUAUAUUUAUUUUAUCAAACUCUUAAAAUGUGGCAUAAGAAACAUGACACGAUUAUCCGUGUCGUUGAACUGUGAUUGGUCGAGUGACUAGUAUUCGAGUCACGUGUCGGUUUCUCGACCAAUGACAAGCAAGCGAUACGGACGUUCGUGUCGUGGUUCGUGCUACAUUGCAGCGAAGUUGACCUGCCGUGCGCCGCUAUCUGUUAAAUCAUUUUCCAAGUGCACUUCGAAUAGAUACCGCUAUACCUUCAGUGAUUAUUUUCUUUUGUUACCAUUUUGAUGUUUCAUUAAAUAUUUGACAACAUUUUUUUUCUCAUAUAAUGAGUGAUAUUGUUAGUUAGUGACAGUUUUCAAAUUGUUUCUCAUAUAUCUACACAAAUACAGCGGGACUUAGAUGUCACCCGGUAAAACGGUAAAAGUUUAAUUUUACUGACAUCGGUUUCCCUUCGUUAUGUGAACUUGUACUUAAGAUGCGCUAUCAGAAAAUCUUGUUAUCUAAGAGUACUUUUGACUCUGUUGUAUUAACUAUGUUCUGUUUUAUCAUGUGAUUUAUGGAAAUAAUAGUAAUAAAUACGUCAAUUGUGAGAACAAUAGUGAAAUUAUUAAUUGAGAUUGUUACAAAGAAUGAAGUGUACGCCUUAAUGUAUAAUUUGUAAAGUAUGUGUUGUGAAGAUUAUAAACACGUUAGAGGUGCGGACCCGCCACGCGGCCGGCUCCAACCGUUCCACAGAGCAAUAACUAUAGUUGACAUGAGGUAGGGAACCGUUAUUUUGAAAUAUGAUGUUUUCAAAUAUGUACGAGUUCAUUAGGGAAUGUAAAUAAGUUAGUGUGAAUUUAAUAUUUUUAUUUGUAAUUAUAAGAGUACUUAGUGUGAUUGACGAAUUAGGAUCGGCUAGAAAUGUUUUAAUCAUGACUUGUUAAUAAUGCUUGUAGGUGGCGCCCUCUGCCCGAGAAUAGGAACUGUUGGUAAAUUUAUGUAAAACCAAAUUAAACAGCGCGUGUUGUAUAUGAACAUUCGCUGAUUCAUGUAAAGUUACAUUCCAAUAUAACAUUAUGCCUGUACUUAGCGAUUGAAACUAUUGUAAAUACGUUUUAAGCGAUACAGUGCUGCCAGAUAAUGGAUUUGAAUAAUAACAUUUUUACAAUAAAGGCAUUUUCCUUUAAACCUUUA